AUGGCGCCUCCCGUAGACACCGCCCAGGAGGAAUCCGGGCGAAAGGCCCCGGUUCACCACACCGAGUACUCAGGCUACAACUCACAAGUCGAGCUCAUCGAGGCCGCCGUCGCUGCCAGUGAUGCCGAGGCUCUCAUCCCCAAGAAGGAGUUGUUCUCACGAUACUGGCCUGCCGUCACAUUCAGUAUGCUUCUGAGUGUGGCCCUGGUCAUGGAGGGUAUGGAUGUUGGUCUCAUCAACAACUUCUUCGCUCAUCCUGCGUAUCUGAAAAAGUUUGGAUGGCCUGAUGCGGAUGGCACACAGCAUAUCUCUACAAAGUGGCAGGGUGCCAUUGGUGCUGGAAACAACUGUGGUUCUAUCCUUGGUCUGCUCCUCAACGGUUGGCUGCAGGCUCGAUUUGGUUCCCGACGAGUCUAUAUGUUCGCUAUGUCACUCAUGGCAUGCACCAUCUUCGUCCUCUUUUUCGCCGUCAACGUCGAGAUGCUCCUCGUGGGUAACCUCCUCUGUGGUAUCCCCUGGGGUAUCUUCCAGACCCUCACCACCGCCUACGCCGCCGAGAUCUGCCCCGCCGCCCUCCGUGGGUACCUCACUGCCUGGGUUUCCAUGUGCUGGGGAGCCGGAAGUUUCCUGGCCACUGGUGUCCUCCGUGGAUCUCUGGACCUCAAGGGCGAUGCCGGAUGGCGAGUUCCCUACGGUCUGCAGUGGAUGUGGAUUCCUCCUCUGAUCACCGUUGCCUACUUCUCCCCCGAGAGUCCCUGGUACCUCAUCCGCCGCGGCAGAGUGGAGGAUUGCGAGAAUUCCCUUCGCCGCCUUGCUCGCAAGGGUCACUACACUGAGGAGACCAUGGCUCAGACUCUGGCUCUCAUGAAGCACACCAACGAGAUGGAGAAGGUUGAGGCUGAGGCUGCUAGCUUCAGGGAUUGUUUCCGCGGCACUAACCUUCGCCGAACUGGAAUUGUCUGCAUGGCCUGGGUCAUCCAGAUUCUCAACGGUCAAUCCAUCACCAGCUUUGCCGCCAUCAUGCUCAAGUCUGUUGGCAUGAGCAACACCAUGGCCUUCAACUACAACAUGAUCAUCCAGUCGGUUAACAUCCUCGCCACUUCCGUUGCCAUCGUUCUCAUGGGCCGAAUCGGUCGCCGUACCUUCUACCUGUGGGGUUCCUCAGGUAUCGGCGCAUGCAUGUUGAUCAUCGGUAUCCUCGGCUUCGUCCCCAAGGUCGACAGCGUUGCCAUUAUUACCGCCGCCUUCCUGGUUGUCGUCCAAUGUAUCUUCAAGGUCUCUCUCGGUCCUACCACUUACGUCAUCGUCGCCGAGACAUCCUCCAGCCGUGUCCGAGCCCAGACAAUCGUGCUUGGUCGCGCCGUCUACGUAUGCGGUCAAAUUGUCGUGCAACAGCUCAACCCCCGUAUGCUCAACUCCAGCAGCGACGCCUGGAACUGGGGAGCCAAGACAGGAAUGUUCUACUUCGGCCUUUGCUUUAUCUGGGCUGUCUGGAUCUUCUUCUUCCUUCCUGAGACCAAGAACCGCAGCUUUGCUGAUAUCGACUACCUCUUCCAGAAGAAGACCAACGCUCGCAAGUUCGAAACCACUCCGAUUGAUUUGUUUGAGAUUGUCGGACCCGACAGGACCGCAGAUAAGCUCCAGGGUGUUGAUGUUGUCACUCCCGUCAACACCAACACUCAGACAGCUGAGAUCCAAGGCGACAAGAAGAUCUAA